AUGUGCGCAAAACAAUAUCCACAAAUACAACAAGAACCACCACCAUAUCAAAAUAAUAUGAAUGCUAAUCAACAACCACUGAAUUAUUACCGGCCAGCUGAAGAACGUAUGGUUGAUUUUCAACAACUUGUUGCUCAUUAUGAAAUCAACCAUACAUUUGCGACAAAAUUACGUGUACUUGAAGGCUAUGAAAUAGUAUUUAUCUGUGACGAUUCAGGCGAUCUUUCUGGUCCUUUUGAUAAAAAACCAUCUCGAUGGGAUGAAUUAAAACAAACCGUAUCAAUUAUUGUUGACCUAGCUAGUGUUUUUGAUCCAGAUGGUGUUGAUAUUUAUUUUCUUAAUCGUGAACCUGUAUUUCACGUUCGUAAUUCAGAACAAUUGGUCCCUGUCUUUGCUGUUCCACCAUCUGGUCCCACUCCGAUUGUUCCAGUUUUUCGACGUGUACUUCGUGAUAAACAACAUGAAAUAGAAGAACGUAAAUUACUAAUACUUUUAGCAACGGAUGGUGUACCAACAGAUGAUCAAGGUAAUCGAGAUAUUCGUUCAUUUAAACAUGUUCUUAAAGAAGAACGUAAACCAACAAAUCGUAUUCCUGUAACAAUUAUUGCUUGUACAGAUGAAGACGAUUGUAUUAAAUAUUUAAAUGAUUGGGAUAGGAAGAUCCCUAAUCUUGAUGUUGUUGAUGAUUAUAGAAAUGAAAAAAAAGAAAUUCAAGCACGUCAAGGAAAAGAUUUUCCAUUUAGUUUUGGUGAUUAUGUGGUUAAAAUACUAAUGGGUGGCGUUGAUAGUUGGUUUGAUGAUUUAGAUGAAAAAAAAGUUUCCCCAGAUGGUUAUGGGCGAUCGAAUAAAGAUUAUGGUCGUAAACGAAAAAAACGACGAUGUACUAUUUUAUAG